CCGCCAUGGUCGAGGCUUUCUGCGCCACCUGGAAGCUGGUGGACAGCCACAACUUCGACGAGUACAUGAAGGCUCUGGGAGUGGGGUUUGCAACACGGCAGGUGGGGAAUGUGACUAAACCCACUGUGAUUAUCAGCAGCGAGGGGGACAAAGUAGUAAUCAGGACUCAGAGCACUUUCAAAAACACGGAAAUCAGCUUUAAACUCGGAGAGGAAUUUGAUGAAACUACCCCCGAUGACAGAAACUGCAAAUCAGUUGUGACCCUGGAUGGAGACAAGCUAAUGCAUGUACAGAAGUGGGAUGGUAAAGAGACAAACUUUGUGAGAGAAAUAAAGGAUGGCAAAAUGGUAAUGACUCUCACCUUUGGUGAUGUGGUUGCUGUUCGCCACUAUGAGAAAGCGUAGAGUUUACCCGACCUCUGUCCAGAUGUUACUUCUGCUGGGUGGAUUAAUGUACCGUCCAUAAUCGAACGUAGCUAAAAUGCACAUUUCUGGCGUGAAAGGUUAAUAAAGAGGGUUUUUUUGGGUGGUGUUUUUUUAAAAAAACUUUAUGCCAUUGAAUUGGCAAGCUUGUGCUGUAUAGUGAAACAGGUUAUACUUGGCAUUAAAUUUCUGAAACACUUGCCUCUUUUUUACAGUAAAUGGAACAUAUUUGAAUUGGUUUGGAAUGCAAAUUAAACAAAAAUUAAAAAGUUUUUUAAACCUGUG